UUUACCGGAGGAUUUAUCCGAACACACACACACAACACACACAGUAUGCUCCUGCAGCGCGAGGACAGCUUCAUGUCGGACUUUGAGGAUGCUUGCAGCGCUUGGGUGGACAGUGUGGGGUCCAGCCCCAACAGCGACUCUGAGGGGGGGUCCCCCAUCUGCCAAGUUUUCUCUCCGGGAACAGACGCCUCUGACUCGGAUUUCUUCUCCGACUUUAGUGACUGCUCCUCGGACUCCCUCUCUCCUUCCCUCGGCUACAGCAGCAGCUUCUUCCCAGAGCCGGAGGCGGCAUCACCGGGGGGUCUGAGCAGCACCGCGGACGCCAUCCUCAACAUGAUCACGGAGAUCGUGGGGAUCUGCACCGAGAUGGAGCAUGACUCUUCCCCGGAUCUUGCAGCACCUUCCCCGGCUGCAGCAUCCCCUUCCUCCCCCCUCUUUGCUCCAUCACCAUCACCGUCUUCUUCAUCUGCACCCCCCAGCACUGACGCGAGCCCCCCUUUGCCUCCCCUGGUUUCCCACCCAGUUGUGGUGAAAAGUGAGUUUUUGAGCUCCAGCUGCAGCAGCGGGUGUUCCCACUCUUCCAUGCCCGGGAAUGAAGUUCUGUUCCCGGGCAGUGCGGACUCUCUCCUCCCGCUGUCGGCCCUGGAGCAACAGGUGGAUGUUUGUGACUUCAUCGACUCUCUGCUGAGCUCUGAUGCCGGGCAGGGGGACCUGAAGCCCGGGUGGGAAGUAAAGCAGGAACCGCUGGGGCUGGAGGACUGGCUGAAGGGGUUCCCGGUAACGGGGGGGGAUCCCGGUAACUACGUCAUCAGCAGACCGGUGGUAAAGACCGAGAUUUUCUCCCCCCCCACACUCCCCUCCACAGUGGACGCGCAUCUGCUCUCCUCCCUUCUGCAGGGUGCGUUCCCGAUAGUCAACAUCAGCAGCGUGCACGCAGCCCCCAAACAGUCACGCGCGGGGAGAAGAGCAUCCGCGCCGAAAGCAAAACCUUUCACGUGCACGAUGCACGGGUGCGAGCGCCGCUUUUCGCGCUCCGACGAGCUCAACAGGCACGUGCGCAUUCACACUGGACAGAAGCCCUUCACGUGCAGCAUCUGCUCACGCAGCUUCAGCCGCAGCGACCACCUGACCACGCACACGCGCACGCACACGGGGGAGAAGCCCUUUUCGUGUGACGUGUGUGGCAAGAGAUUCGCGCGCAGUGACGAACGGAAGAGGCACGGGCGUGUGCACGUGAAGCAGCAGCUCCGUGCGCAGAUGAUGGCCGCCUACUCGCUGGCCGUGAACGCACCUGGAGUCUGAACAUGAACUGAUUAUUAAUACUGCAGAGAAAAAGAAGUUAAUACUACUUCCGGUUUGAACCGUCAACUGGAAAAAGCGUCCGUGUGACGUCACACAGGUGUUCCUCUCACUGUGCAUUUGUGCAGGAGGAAGCAGCUGCAGGUGGAACUGCAGACUGAGGACUUUAAACAGUGGAGAGAAACUAAGUACUUUCACUUAGGUAUGAGAUACCUGUCCUUCACCUGAGUAUUUCCAUGCUUCCUUCUACUUCUACUCCUCAACAGUUCAGAGGCAAAUGGUGUACUUCUACUCCACUACAUGUAUUCAAUACCUUCAGUUAAUUUACAGAUUCUGAUUACUGAUGGUAAAUAUAAUCCCUUAAAUCAGACUGUAGUUCACCUGCAGUAAAUCCAGCAGCUACCCUGCAGUAUACAAAGCCAUUCAAACUAGCUGCACCUUUACCAGCUCUGAGAACACUUUAAUGAUCAAUCAUUAUAAAACAUAUCAGAGAUAUUAUUCUGAAAUGGACCAAUCAGACAAUGACUACUUUUACUGUCGCUACUUUAAGUACAUUUAGAGGAGAGUACUUUCUACUUUCACUGUAACGGAGUUCUCCUGGUACUUCUACUUUUACUCCAGUAUCAGAUCUUCUCCCGCCUCCGGUUUAGAAGAGAAACCGUCCGACUGUAAAAUAUUUCUGCAUGACAACAAACUGAAUGUCCGGAUGUCGUGAAGCUGUUUCCACUCAGAAAAUAUUUCUAUGUUUGUAACACAUCUCUAUUUUUCUAGUUUGUCUACCUCUUUGUGUGUGUUUUACAUGGAGAGCGUACAUAUAUGUACAUGUAUAUAUGUACGGUAUAUAUAUUUAUAGGAGAACACGAAGCCAGAUUUCUAUGGCGGAUUAUUGUGCGAUGAUGUCACUUUUUUCUAUGAAAUGAGUCUUCAUUCUGGUGUUGAAGCACAUUGCUCUAUAGCAC